AUGGAAAUAGGAAAUAAGGUUUACCUAAAUAACAUUGACCAGAUAGAUGAAAAAUCGCAUAUCAAGGUUCGGGUGCUUAAAAUUUGGAACUUUGUCAGAAAUAAUAAAGUUUGUUCUAUUGAAAUGAUCAUCAUGGAUGAGGAGGGUACACAAUACCAAGCUCGUAUCUUCAAUCAGAAUUUCUCUAGAUUUCGUCAUCUUUUAAAGGAAGAUGAAAGUUAUAUAGUUAUAAAACCCAAUAUGGCUGCUGUUACUAAUGGUUUUAGUUAUACAGGUCUUGGUGAAGCUAAAAGUCAUUUUGAAGUAACGAAAUUGUUCAUAAAUUCUGACAUUUAUGAAAUAAAUGAGUUUAAAAAUAAGUUGAAAUGUCAUGACAAUUUCGGUAUAACUGAAAAAAGCAUAACUACACUUCAAAGCUACUCUUCUUCAUAUACAGAUGACUUUAAGGGCAAUUUUCCAUUAAAAACAAUCUGUGAGAUCACCGAACCAAUUAAGGAAAUGAAGUUUUUAUUAGUUGCUUCCAUUGUUAAUAUAAGGCAGAAUCUACCAUGGUAUUAUGAAGCAUGCAAAAAAUGUGGAAAAAAAAUUAUCCCUGUUCCCAAAACCAAUCAUUCGUAUACCAACCCUGAGGGAAUUUCAGAAACUAUGGUUGUCGAGUGUACAAAUGCACAAUGCAAAAAAUCUGAAUUUCAGUAUAUAAUUCCAAUUAACGUACAAGAUUGUACUGGAACCAUUGGAUUGACUCUUUUUGAUAGGGAAGCAAGGAGGUUGUUAAAUAUAAGUGCCUACGAGUUGAAAAAGAUACAUGAUGCGGCCGGAGACAGUGAUGCCCUAUUUCCAAUGCAACUUAACGUGUUGAAAAACCGCAAGUUUGGUUUUGUUGUAGAUAUUACAGAAUACAAUGUCAACAACUAUAAUAACAUCUACACAGUUCUCAGAGUUACAGAAGAUAUGUCCAUUGUUUGUGAAUUGGAAAGUAAAAUAGAACUUAUGAGUAUUCAAUCUGUCUCCUUAAAUCAAGUUGCUUUGGAAUCCGAUGAUGUUGUACAGCCUGUUCAAAAGGAUGUGAUCUCACAAACAGACGAAAGUUUUACACCCUCAACAGUUGAUAAGUCAACCGCAACAAGUCCUUGCAAAAUAUCAGGUGAUUUGAAGCGCAACCUCCAAGAAAUUUAUGAUGUUGAUUCUGGAUAUGAUUUAAGUUCAACUAAGGCUAAAAGAAAGUCAACCGCAGAGGAAACUCCACUCUUGAUUCCAAAAAUUGAAAAGUGA